AUGCGGGGCGUGGGAGUCCGAACUGCUUUUGCUGGAUACGAAGAGGUUGAGGCUGUCCGAUCAGGUGACGGAGUGGACGAGGUUCCCCUUAUUCCGUGGACCGAGGCGGGAUAUUUAGAAAAGUUGACUUUUACGCAGUUCGUGAUAUACCUCGUUGGUUUUUCCGAGGGUCUUACUCACCUUGCGGCUCUGGCCAUAUAUUACCUGCUAAAAGACGACCUUGGCCUUUCUCCCCCCGAGGUCUCGGCCAUUUUCAUUGCGCCUGCUCUGCCAUGGGUUUUCAAACCGUUCUUCGCCUUCCUCUCAGAUACAUUCGCUGUAUUUGGUUAUCGGAGGAAACCAUAUAUGAUAGUGUUUAGCACAUUGGAGGCCAUCGGCUUUCUGAUGCUGGGCCUUGCUCCUGCUUCGCUCUGCGCUGCCUUUUGCUCGGCUGUGGCGGAAGCCCUCGUUGUAGAGAGCACCACGGGGAAGACAUUAGACCAAAGCGCGGAGAACGUGUCAGACUUCAUCACUGCGAAGGCCGUUGGCAGUUUGGCCGUCGCGUACUUAUCAGGCUACCUUCUGGAAAAAACAUCAAAAGGAAGCAUCUUCGUCGCAACUGCGACAUUUCCACUUUUCAUAACCUUCAUUUCCUUCUUCAUGAACGAUGUCACAACCCCACCAGCACGGGACUUCAAGGCGCAAUUCCGCGAGCUCAGCACAUUUCUGAAACAGCCUGUGAUUUGGGGUCCUGCGCUGUACAUCUUCAUCUACAUGGCGGGCCCCGACUACGACGAUGCACUGUUCUUCUUUUUCUCAAACAAACUCGGCUUCUCCCCCACUUUCAUGGGCACGCUGAGAUUCACCUACGGCAUAGCAGCUCUGCUUGGAGUGGUUCUCUACCGAUUCGUAUUUAGGCAGGCAGGGUUCCGGCAAACUCUGUUCUGGACCAUAAUAGUUUCUCUCCCUAUAUAUAUUUCCCCUGUUAUUCUGGUCACCGGCUUCAAUCACAAGCUUGGUAUCAGCAAUCAAGCGUUUGUCCUGAGUGGCGGAGUCUUGAUCGAAGCGACGGCAGAGAUCCAGCUCCUUCCAUUGCUGGUCUUGACCGCUUCUAUAUGCCCUCCCGGACUUGAGGGGAGUGUUUACGGGAUGAUGAUGUCUAUUCGAAACUCCGGCUCCAUGGUCUCCCGCGGUCUAAGCGCUCUCUUUGCGUGGGCAGCCGGCAUAACAGCUACCAACUUCAUUCAUCUUAGUUCGUACAUCCUCCUAUGCGGCGCAUGGCUGCUUCUCCCUCUCUUCUUCCUCGGCUUCAUGUAA